AUGGUUAUUGACAACCGCGCCCUCCCCGUCCCCGGCGGAUACAAUGCGUCGUACGAGCUCCUCCUCCUCGUCUUCGUGCAAGCCAUGUUGAGCGGCACGCGCCUCAGCACCAUGUCCCUCGGGUACGGCGACAACUCGAGCCCGCGGCAAGAGCUCGUGCGCCUAGCCCAAGACGUCGCCGAGGGCAAGGGAAGCGCGGCCGUCCUCGCCAAGCUCCAGCGCCGGCAGGCAGCGCACUACAACUGCAUCGAGGGGCUGGGUAUCUUCUGUGCUGCGGUGGUCGCCGGAAACACCGCCGGUCUCGAGGCAUGGUACAUGAACACGAUCGUGUGCUUGUACGUCCUCCUCCGUACGGUCUACGUCGUGCUGUACGUCAAGACGACAGGGCGCUGGAGCAUCCUCCGCUCCGCCACGUGGAUCAUGUGCAAUGCCUGCUGGAUCGUGACCGUCUUCCGGGCCGGGCACGCGAUGAACGAGGCGCGCCGGGGAUAG